GGGGCGUCUGGAGGCUGAGGUUGGGCGCCCACUGACACCGCCGGGUGACGGCUGCGGGAAGAUGGCGGAGCUGCGCGCGCUCGUGGCUGUGAAGAGAGUCAUCGACUUUGCCGUGAAGAUCCGGGUAAAGCCUGACAAGUCAGGAGUGGUCACUGAUGGCGUGAAGCACUCAAUGAACCCCUUCUGCGAGAUCGCGGUAGAGGAGGCGGUGCGGCUGAAGGAGAAGAAGCUGGUGAAGGAGAUCAUCGCUGUCAGCUGCGGCCCCCCGCAAUGCCAGGAGACCAUCCGCACUGCUCUGGCCAUGGGUGCAGACCGAGGGAUCCACGUGGAGGUACCAGCAGCACAGGCAGAAAGCCUGGGUCCCCUGCAGGUGGCCCGGGUCCUAGCCAAACUGGCUGAGAAGGAGAAAGUGGACCUGCUGCUCCUAGGCAAGCAGGCCAUCGAUGACGACUGUAACCAGACAGGUCAGAUGACAGCUGGACUUCUGGACUGGCCACAGGGCACAUUUGCCUCCCAGCUGACACUGGAGGGGGACAAGUUGAAACUGGAGCGGGAGAUUGACGGAGGCCUGGAGACCUUGCGCCUGAAGCUGCCAGCUGUGGUGACCACUGACCUGAGGCUCAACGAGCCCCGCUACGCCACAUUACCCAACAUCAUGAAAGCCAAGAAAAAGAAGAUCGAAGUGCUCAAGGCCGGAGACCUGGGUGUGGACCUAACCUCCAAGAUCUCUGUGGUCAGUGUGGAGGACCCUCCUCAGCGCACAGCCGGUAUCAAGGUGGAGACCACUGAGGACCUGGUGGCCAAGCUGCGGGAGGUGGGGAGGAUCUGAGACCCUCCCUGAAACUCAGCAAUAAAAAUCUAACUCUCGGCA